AUCGUUGACAUUUGCUGUUACUUUUUCUUUCAAUUUUAGUUUUGUUUCCUGAUUCCAGCUGGAGGAACUCAUGGUUGCUUUGAUUGGCGAGAUCUUAAACUGCCAUGAGUGAGGAGCUAGAUGAGACUGUAUGUAAACAGAUGAAGGGCCUGGUUGAGCUUCUCUCCACAUCAGGGAAGCCAAUCCUCAACCAAGAGGUGAUGAAAAAGUUCAAAAAGCUAUGCAGGACAUCAGAUGCAUAUGUCAACCAUGCAUUUGAACUGCUGAUGCAGCAGUUGCAUAUAAAGCAUGCCGAGGUUCGUCUGUCCGUCUGUCAAAUGGUGGAUGAGCUGUUCCAUAGAUCUCAUGUGUUCCGUGAACUGAUCAUAGAAGACCUCCAGACUUUCAUAGACCUCACUACAGGUCUCAAUAAGCUAGUUUGCCUACCUGCCCCAAAAGCUGUGGCUAUGAAGAUGAAAGAACUGGCUAUAAAAACGGUCUAUCUUUGGCAUGAUAAAUAUGGGCCUGCAUACAAGAAGCUGGCUCUUGGAUAUGAGUUCCUUAAAACAUGUAAACAGGUUGAGUUUGAAGGUGUAGCGGCAGAUGUAGCCCUAGAGCGCCGCAAACAGGAGGAAACAGAGAGAAAACUGGAGGUGGCCAGGCAAGAUAGGCUGGCGAAAGUAACCAACCAAAUGUCAGACUUACAAGAAGAUAUAGAGCUGUGUGUAACAGAGGUUGAGAAUGGCCUUGAACUUCUUAUGCCCACGCCUGACCAGUUCUUUAUACCAGUUGCCAUGGAAACAAGCAGUGAACAGGAAGUGACAUCAUCAAUAACAUCAUCAAGCAACAACCAGAAAGUUAUAUCAUCAGAAUCAAACUCAUUGGAAAAUAGCUUUAAGUUAUCAUCACAGACGUUAUCAAAUGCUCCAUCUAAUGAAGACUCACAAAAGUCAAAACUAUGUGAUCAGAAAUCAGACUGUGAUGGUGAAAAUGUAGGGGAAGAUUUUUUGCAAAGUUUAUGUAAGUGUGGUAGUAAAAUUGAUCAUAUAGAAGAGUUCUCAGUAAUUUCUCAGGGAAGAGACAUAUCAAAGAAAACAUGCAAACAUUGUCAGGAUGAACCGAUAAAGACCGUCGGGAAUAGUGAAUAUGAAAAAGAAAGUGAUAAUGAAGACACUGCAGACAGUGAUGGCUUUUCCCAACAACACGGGCUGUUUAAUCACAACUUUUCAUUGACUAUAAAUGUGGGUGGGGUAAGUGAGCCGAGAGUGGAAGAGACAGAAGAUAAUAAAGACAUUAUUGAAGAUGUUAGAGGUAAAUACCGCCUCAUCAAGAACAGAUUUCUGCCUAAAGUGAAGAAAUGGGUAGAGACGUUAACUGAAAACAAGGGUGACAAGGUUCAUAUAGAUCAGCUGCUUGAUUUGCGGGUUCGUUUGGAAACAGUGGUGAAAAAGUGUGUGGAGUUGGAAAUAAAGGCUGCACGACGUGCAGUAGAGGAGGAGGAUUCAGAUUCUGAGUUUGAGGAUGUCCCGGACAAGGACGGUUAUGAAGAGGAUAUUCCGGAACAUGUCAAGUUGGAGGCCGCUAUGUCAAGCACUGCCAAGCCGACCAAGCGGCGAGGAAGACCAUCUAAGUCGAAACAGGCCGCUCUCAAGUGGCUAGACCAGGAUCAGAGUGGUACUUAUGAUGUGCAACCAGGAACUUCAACUGCUGGAGCUGGUGGUUCACAUAUUCCAAGACCUUCCAGCUCCAAACAAACAGGGAAAAAGGUUAGAGGAACUAAAGCUAUCCCAGCUUUGAAGAAGGAGUGCACAGUCCAUAACUCAAUUAAGAAAGAGCAAGGUUGUGUUAUUGAGGAGGGAGAAUCCACCGGUCAUGUCGACGCUAGUGUGGGAACAAAAGAUAAAAAGAAGAGUUUGCUAGAGAAAGCUCCUGUUGUGGCAUUUGGUGUGGACAUCGAACAUUGGGAAAGUCCAGAUAAAAUUAAGCCUGCAGCCAAAGUCAGGUAUGAUGAUGCGAGUCGGUUCUGGGUAGCUGAGCGCGACCCUGAUGACCUGGAAACUGGAGAGCAAGGGGGAUCAGAAGAGGUUGCCUCCCUUACACGGCGAACGUUCACAUACACAGGCGAGUUUGAACCAGUCAAGUGGAAAUGUCGUGCCCCAUUGAGCAAUGGAAAGCUGUGUGAACGCAUGGAUAGAGUCAAGUGUCCAUUCCAUGGUCCUGUUAUUGGUCGAGACAACGAGGGACAACCAACAGAAGCUGAGGACAUUGAUCGUCUAAACAGGGAGAGGAUACAUCGAGAAAUAGAGGAAGCCUCAACGAGUAAUGGCGACAACAGUGAGGGAGGUGCCAGGGGGAAGGGUAAGGGCAAGGGGAAAGGAAAGGCAAAGAAGAGGAAGUAUCCAAACCUUACAGACAUUCAAGAUACAGAAACUAGUAGGUCACGACUGGAGGCUAAGAUAUUUAACAGGACCACUUUACGCAAGGUGAACAACGCCCUAGAUGCAGCUUCAAUGAAGAAACUAGCUGAAAAAUUCAGCAACCAGUUCAACUACAGUCUGAACUGAACAGCACAAGAUGACUAGUCUUUACUGAACAACACAAGAUAAAAAAGUCUGAACUGAACAACAUAGCCUUCAUUGAAUGGCACAAGAUAACAGCCUUCAUUGAAUGGCACAAGAUAACUACAGUCUUCACUGACCAGCACAAGAUAACUUCAGUCUUCACUGACCAGCACAAGAUCACUACAGUCUUCACUGACCAGCACAAGAUAACUUCAGUCCUCACUGACCAGCACAAGAUCACUACAGUCUUCACUGACCAGCACAAGAUAACUUCAGUCCUCACUGACCAGCACAAGAUAACUACAGUCUUCACUGAACAGCACAAGAUCACUACAGUCUUCACUGACCAGCACAAGAUCACUGCAGUCUUCACUGACCAGCACAAGAUAACUACAGUCUUCACUGACCAGCACAAGAUCACUACAGUCUUCACUGACCAGCACAAGAUAACUUCAGUCCUCACUGACCAGCACAAGAUAACUACAGUCUUCACUGAACAGCACAAGAUCACUACAGUCUUCACUGACCAGCACAAGAUCACUACAGUCUUCAUUGACCAGCACAAGAUCACUACAGUCUUCACUGACCAGCACAAGAUAACUACAGUCUUCACUGACCAGCACAAGAUCACUACAGUCUUCACUGACCAGCACA